AUGUCUGCCAUCCCAGAGCUCCCUUCAAAGAGAAUCCCAUACGUGAGGCUGGGAAAGUCUGGCCUGAAAGUCUCCAAGAUCAUUCUAGGAUGUAUGACAUACUCCAGCGGUGAAGGUACAGGGUGGGCCGGUCAAAACUGGUAUCUCUCCGAGGAAGAGGCCGUAAAGCAUAUAAAAUAUGCGUACGACGCUGGGAUCCAGACGUUCGACACUGCCAACGUCUAUUCGAACGGCCAGUCUGAGGAAAUCCUCGGGAGGGCAAUCAAGAAGCUCAAUCUUCCCCGCGAGGAGAUUGUGGUCAUGACCAAGUUCACCGCCCAUGUCUGCAAGAAUGUCCAAGACUUCGUGAUUAAUCCAGAGGAGGCUGAAACAGAAAUUCGCUGCGUCAACCAAUACGGCACCAGUCGCAAGCACAUCUUCGAUGCCGUGCAGGCUAGCUUGAAACGUCUGCAGUUGGACUAUAUUGACGUCCUGCAAGUGCACAGGUUCAGAGACGGCGCCAACAUAGAAGAGAUGAUGGAAGCCCUUCAUGACGUGGUCAAGGCUGGGUGGGUGCGCUAUAUCGGAAUGAGUUCCUGCUACGCUUGGCAGUGCUACGCCAUCAGCAACCGUCUAACACCCUUCAUCUCUAUGCAAGACCAUCACAGUCUCAUUUACCGCGAGGAAGAACGCGAGAUGUUCCCGACUCUCAAGCACUUUGGUGUUGCGUCGAUUCCCUGGUCUCCCCUAGGCCGUGGUCUGCUCUGCAGGCCCUUCAGUGAACAGAAGGCCACUGCGAGAGGGCAGAGCGACUGGUACUCUGGGAUGUACCAGCAGAACCCCGCUCUGAAGGCAAUCAUCGACAGGGUCGAGGAACUUUCGAAGAAGAAGGGCGUGAGCAUGGCCCAGAUUUCCAUCGCUUGGUCGCUUUCCAAGGAUGUCGUUGCUGCGCCCAUAGUCGGUACGACCAGCCUCGCCAACCUCAAGGACAUCAUAGAGGGUGCCCUCCUGCAGCUGACCGAAGAGGAAAUCAAGUAUCUGGAGGAGCCCUAUGUCCCGCUGAAGGUAAUGGGACAUUAG